CGAUACGUCAUCCCGGAAUAAGUAUUCCAUUUAUUGCCGGCAGUUCGAAGAAUGAUCGAGAUUCAGUGGCAAAGAAAGUUCAAGAGGUAGGAGUUACGAGAAAGUAGGUGACCCACCCCCCUGGCAGAAAUUGGAAAAUCAAUAAAGUGCGGCGCGGGAAGAGGAAAAGGGACGAAACGGGAACCGCGCGAUACGUAAAACGCGGCUCCCGCGCUUUUCAGGUUAUGUCGCCCGUAUUUCGACACCCGCGUCGUACGGGCACGAGUGGCCCGUACGUGCUAUUUUCGUUGCGGCGAAAGAGGGUUUAUUCUUGCCAGUCGUCAUAGGCGCCGCGCGUUACGCAUUAUAAUGUAUCUGAGAGCGACGGUGAGCCUUGACGAGAGCGCCGUAAGAUAGUAGACAAAAAUGGGCAGGAAGAAGGCUCACGCAAAAGGUAAACAACAGAGUCCAUCAUCGCAGCAGAAGCAUAUAUCCGCGGCGAAGAGGAACGAGCUUAAUGCCUUGUGCGAGAAACUUUUUCAUCUAAGCAGCAAUCCAGCGUAUGUGACGCAAUUAUGGAACAACUACUUGGAUAUAUCGGAAGUUCUGCUGAAGGUUAAACGUCUGGAGGAGAUGAAGACAGAAUCGUCUCAGCGAUCCCAGGGGAUUGGACAAUUUAUGAAUUGGCUUACAGAGAAUGGGGCACGUAUGGACGGCAUGAGUAUCGCUGAAUUUCCGGGAUGUGAUCUGGGACUAAAGGCAGAGACCGACUUUGCUGAAAAUCAGUUGAUCCUGGAAAUACCGAGGGCUCUCAUCUUCAGUACGUAUACCGCAGCACCAGAACUGACAGUUCUGCAAAAUGAUCCACUGGUGCAGCAUAUGCCACAAGUGGCAUUGGCAAUAGCGCUUCUCGUAGAGAGGCAUAAGGAGAACUCCAAGUGGAAGCCUUACCUGGAUAUGCUUCCUAGUAGCUACAACACAGUUUUAUAUAUGAAAGCUAAUGAUAUGAUGGAGCUUAAAGGCAGUCCUACAUUAGAGGCUGCGUUGAAGCAAUGUCGAAAUAUCGCCAGGCAGUAUUCCUACUUUAACAGAGUAUUUCAAAGUAACAAUAACGCCGUUUCAGUGAUACUCAGGGAUGUUUUCACCUAUGAAAAAUACUGUUGGGCGGUUUCAACGGUAAUGACACGACAGAACUUAAUUCCGAGCCCGGACGGCUCGCGCAUGAUUCAUGCCUUAAUCCCGAUGUGGGAUAUGUGCAAUCACGAGAACGGCAGGAUUACGACAGAUUUCAACGCGACAUCGGAUCGCUGCGAGUGCUACUCGUUGAGGGACUUCAAGAAAGGGGAACAAGUAUUCAUAAGUUACGGCCCAAGAACAAAUUCCGAUUUUUUCGUGCAUUCGGGCUUUGUCUAUAUGAAUAACAAACAAGAUGGUUUUAAACUUCGUCUUGGCAUUAGUAAAGCAGAUUCCCUUCAGAAGGAGCGAAUAGAACUGUUAAGCAAACUGGGUUUGCCAUCGGUAGGGGAAUUUUUACUAAAGCCGGGUACGGAACCCAUUUCCGAUACAUUAUUGGCUUUUCUGCGAGUGUUCAGUAUGCGAAAGGCCGAGCUUGCGCACUGGUUACGCUCGGACAAGGUCUUCGACCUGAAGCACAUGGACUGUGCGUUGGAGACGGUCGUCGAGGAGAAUGUCAGAAAAUUUUUGUUGACUAGGCUGCAACUUUUAAUCGCUAAUUAUCCGACGACAUUGAAGGAGGAUCUAGAUUUAUUGGAGACCACAUUGCCGCAAAUAAAAAAAAUGGCUGUUCAAUUGAGGGUUACGGAGAAAAAGAUACUUCUGGGCGCGCUAGAAUACGUGGAGCAGUGGAUAAAAGCUUGAAAUGAUAAUGGGUUAUGUUUCGGCUAGGGAAUAUAUACUUAUAUAAUUACGAAUUAAAAGCAUCUCGAGAGAAAUCAAUUUUAUUUUUACAAUAUUUCUGAACGACGAUUUCGAGUAUAAAAGCAAAAUAUAAAAGCGGACGAAUUAUAUGUAAUAAAAAGCGUAAUAUAUAUCUAAUUACCUAUACAUAAAACUGUUCGACGUGUAUGCGCAUAAUAAUUAUAGGAGAGCGACAUAUUGUAAAAUACUGUGAACUAUAUGAACAAUCGACGAUUAUGUGUACGUCUACGUAAGUGAUAUACAAUAUAAUUGUACAAUAAUUGCGUGCUCAGUAAAAAUAUCUUAAUUCUUGUUUUCGUGAGAUGGAAAUUUGCAAGCAUUUGGCUUUUUCUCCUUCACACAUUUGCUCUCUCUUAAAUUGUAACAUGAAUCAAACGCUAAUAAAGCGAUACUGAUCUAUGAUUACAAGAAUUGAUAUUUUACUCUUGCGCUGCUUUGAUAUAUAUGAUAUAAAAAAGUGAUGUCUAUACAGAAAAGAAUCUUGUUAAUGAACAUUUAUUUUUCAAAACGAGUACAUAAUGGCUGAAAUUCUUGAUGUAAACUAUGAUACUAUAGGCUUACAUUAGAUUUACGUAUGCUGCAAAAUAUUUCCUGACGCACGAGUGAAUUUGAACGACCCGCGUAAAUACGACCCUGCGAGGUGUUUUGAGUAUUUAUCAUAUGUUAUAAAAAUGCUAUUAUGUGUGUUUAGUCCGGUGUUGUCAUGUUACUGCAUGAAUCAUUGCGCGAGAAUGGUAAUUAGGUCUUUAAGAAAUAUCAGAUUUCAUGAAUUAAAAUUAAUAAAAAUUAACGAUACUAAUUAUAACGAGACGCUAUAAUCAGGCUACAGCAGGACUGAUAGCUCGCGGAAUAUAUCGCUUUUUAAAAUAUAUUUCAACACAAACAUAAUCUUGAAAAAAGAUGUGUUACAUAAACAUAUAUAUCACUUGACCUAUAUACAUAACAUAUAUGAUGAGAUUUAACUCCCCUCUUUCCUAAUGUGAUCAAUAUAUCUUUUUAUGGACUAUAAGAAAAUUAAUUACAUCUAUGAUGUAAAUUUUUCGAGCGAGAAAUCUUGACAUAAGAACGUCACAUGUGAUAGCGGAAUGUAUUUACAUUACAAAUUAAAAAAAA